AUGGAGGAGCUAACAAAUGGACUUAACGAAAGGCAGCGACAAGCUGUUACGCAUAGAGAGGAUGACGUAUUACAGGUUUUAGCAGGACCUGGUACUGGGAAAACAAAAGUUCUGACAGCUCGUUUUGCUUACCUAGUUAUAGAGAAGAACAUCCAUCCAUUGAGAAUAAUAAUGACAACAUUUACCAGGAAAGCAGCAAACGAAAUCAAAGAGAGACUCCAGCCCAUCCUCUCUCAGGCUGGCAUAUCAUCCAAUGGGUUAUUGAUUGGUACUUUCCAUUCUAUAUGUGCUAGAUUGCUUCGACAAGCAGGACAUCUAAUAGGUAUACCCAAGAAUUGGUCAAUCGCCAAGACCGAAGAUAUUAAUACAAUAUUAAAGACAUUAUUAGAGGACACGCCAGUUGAAAUUAUUCAAUCGUCAACAUUCACGACUGAAUUAAGUGAGAAUAGGACAAAUGUGAGAUUUUUGCGGACAAAGAUCUCAGAUUUGAAAGCCAAAGGUGUGACACCACAAGCCUACCUGAAAGACCAGUCGCAUGACAGCGCCAUACAGUACAUAUAUGAACGAUUUCAAGACACUCUCCUUUCAGAAGCUCUCUUAGAUUUUGAUGAUAUUCUCUUGUAUUCAAAGAUCUUGUUGAUGCAACGUAGAAUAUGGUCGUUCGUGAGACAUGUUCUAGUUGAUGAAUACCAAGAUACAAAUGAGCUACAGUUAGAUUUGAUCUAUCUCUUAGCAAGGGGAAAGCAUGAUAAAUGUAGCGGAAUUACAGUGGUAGGGGACCCAGAUCAGUCCAUAUAUGCAUUCCGAUUUGCCUCUUCAGAUAAUUUCAAUAAGCUCAUUGAAAGAUGUCCGGUUCAGUCUGCUCAGAUAUCGUUAAUUGAUAAUUAUCGAUCUGCACAAACGUUGCUAGAUUUCUCGGAGAAAGUGAUUGGCCAGCAAAUAAAAAAUAGGAUCAAAAGGGACCCAUUGAGAGCUCAGUUCAAUCAUAACGUGAAACCAUUUUACUCAUAUUUCCAGCGGACGGACACAUUCGAAAAUUCUGAGUCCAAUUCCCUUGCCCAUGAAAUAUUGUAUUUGAAAUCACUUCCUGGUUUGUUCAAAUUCUCUGAUGUUGCAAUAUUGCUGCGAACGAGACGACAAGUGUAUGACAUAGAAAAAGCCCUCAUCAAAAAUCGUAUUCCCUAUCGAAUUGUUAAUGCAAAGGGAGUUUGGGAGAAAAAAGAGUCUGGUAUCUUUCUCGACUACUUGCGUAUUAUUUCCCAGGAUUCUUGUUCAUUAGCAAUCCUUAGAUGCUUACAAUUUGCUUCCAAUGGCAUUGGGUCAACUACUAUUAGAAAGAUCAAAUCUGCUUUUGACAAAGAUCGCUGCAGAAAUUCACUCGAGGUCUUGAAGGAGCUUUGUGAGUCUAACGACUUAAACAACCAAAAAAUCUCAGCAGCUUUGAAACGUUUUAUUAAUCUUGUCGAAAAACUAAAGUUAAAGUGUGAAGAAUACGACACUUACGAUGGAUUAAAGGAACUGUUUGCUGAGAUAUAUAUGCUAGGCGAGCUAUAUUCAGUCCUGAAAAUCUCUAAAGAAACAAUCAAUGAACAGAUUAAAGACAGGUCUUUGAAGGAAUUUCUUCAAACCGAACAUCAAAAUAUGUUUAAGGUAUAUGAACUGUUUACGGAGUACGAACUAGAUCAAAACGACGAACAUAUAAUGAUUCAGGAAAAUGCUGCUGAUCCCAAUGAUUUAGCUCUGAUAAAGGAGAAUUUUAACUCUAAUGACCUCAAUUUCUUUGAAGUUAUUACUUUCUUUACCAAAUCCAUUUCAUUAUAUUCAUCUGAAGAAGAGAACACCGAAAAUUCUUUAGACAAAUUAGCAAAUCAUCUGCAAGAACGAGUAACAGUAUCUACCAUUCAUGCUGCCAAGGGUUUGGAGUGGCCAGUUGUAUUCAUCCCUUCCAUAAACGAGGGAUUGAUUCCUUUUACAGAGCAGUCAGCUCGCCAAAGGCUAGAAGAUUUGGCAGAAUUACGUCGGGAUGGUGAAGCAUGCAAUGAUCUUAAUAACUGUUCGAUGGGCUCAGGUGAAUUCGACAAUAUUAAAGAAGAGCUACGAGGCAAGGAAUCAGACCUCAUAGAUGAUUUAGAGACUACCUUGAACGAAGAAAGAAGGAUCUUCUUUGUUGCUCUAACCAGAGCGAAGGAUCUUUUGUAUUUGUCUUCUUCAGGCAAAAAAAGCAUCUUCUUAAAGAACUGUGAACAACUCUAUUCGAAUAAUGUCUUGUUCAAUAACCCACAAUCAAUUUUAAGGUUUUACCGUUGCAUGAAUCGGACAUUGGAAGAAACCUCCUCAAAGUUUUCAUUGAAGUCCCUCUGCCAAGACUACCAAAAGUCCAAAAAUUGCAAAACCAGCACUUUUAUAUGGAAUGGUACAAAUGUUCAAACACCUGCUUUAAUCGAUUUCAAUAACAAUACUGCUCCCUCAAGUUUUUCCACAGGAACCAAUAGUUUCAAACCUGCAAGUUCCUUUUUGAACGCAUCAUUCUCGCCAGGUAAAAACAGCUACAAUUCUGGGACUGCAAAUGUUACCAAAGUCCUCACAACCUCAUCUAAAGAAUGUCCAAAACCUGCUGGAGGGAAAAUCUGCGAGAAAAAGAGGAGGAUCACCCUGGAUAUGCUGUGCAAGAAGCCUGUCAAAAAUAGCCAAAGCAUGCAAUCAAAGAAAAUCAGAUUGGAAAGCUCCUCCGCUCAAGACUUGUCGCACUCUAUAUCUUCAGAUAAAAGAACUAACCACUCAACCAAAGUGGCAGUAAGUCAAAGCAAAUCUUUUGCUCCAGCGUACACUCCUGUCAGGAACAACGCGAAACGAGUGAAACUCAAAACGAGUACUACUGCAAAUGCCUACAUUUCAAAGUAA